AUGACAUCCACGAUACCCACGAAAUUCCUGAUCCUCUCGGAUACCCACAAUUUCGCCUUUGGCGAUACGGAGAAAGUCAAUGAACCCCUUCGACACCCACUUCCAAAAGCAGAUGUCCUCCUCCAUUGCGGCGACUUAACCUCGGUCGGAGGAGUCCCUGCAUACAAGAGUCUCCUCAGAGUGCUGGGCAACAUCGAUGCUGAACUGAAGCUCGUCAUCGCCGGGAACCGCGACCUCGACCUCGACAAACGAUAUUUCGGCGCUCACCUUGACGAAGAGCACGAAGAUCCAGACGGACACAAGAAGGCGAUUGAGGUCAUGAAAGGUCCAUUGGCGAAGGCAGCCGGUGUCAUCUACCUGGAGGAGGGCCUCAACACUUUCACGCUCAAGAACGGCGCCAAGUUCACGAUCUACACGUCUCCAUAUACGCCUGAGUUCUGUGAUUGGGGCUUCCCUUACGAGCGCAAUGAAGAUCGAUUUAAUCCGGCCCAGCACGUUGCAUCGGAUGUCAAAUGCAUUGCGAAGAAUCCCGUCCCCGAUUUCCCCGGGAUCGACAUUAUGAUGACACAUGGGCCGCCCGAAGAUAUCCUCGACUGGACUUACAACGGUACGAGCGUUGGAUGCAGAGCGUUGAUGCGCGCGGUCAGCCGUGCACGGCCUCUGCUCCAUUGCUUUGGGCUCAUUCAUGAGGCUUGUGGAGCUAAAAUGGUCACCUGGAAAGAUGACAAGACGAAGAUAGGAGCGGAUGCGAUUGAAAAUCAGACUUCAAUGCCAAAUGCUUAUCCAGGACCCAGCAAAUUGCCGGUGAAAUUUGGUAAGGAGACGUUGAUGGUCAACGCGUCAAUUGUGAAUCUGAAGUACAAGCCCACGAAUGCACCGUGGUUGGUCGAGUUGGAUUUGCGUCGUGGGACGCGAGGGUCACUGGGGGGAGAAGAGAGUGUCAGUGGGUCAAUUGCGUUUCAUCACAGUUCUGGGGGAGUAGAGGACAACUUAAAGGAAUGA